AAUCCUCAUUCCUUCCCCCAGCCCCAGCCCCAGCCCCAGCCCCACCCCUCUCUCUCUCUCUCUCUUAUACACAUAUACAUACACAUAUAUCAGGUUCCAGUUUGUUUGGGUUGCAGAGCUCUGUGCAUUCACUCCGCUCAGCUCGAUAGCUUCAGCAAUUCCUCGGGAGUGAAAGAGAGGAUACGAGGCGUUGAUGUAGAGAUUCAAAUGUUAUCCCUGGGACAGGCGCGCGGCGCGGAGUCAAAUGUACGGAUCUGCUGGCGGUUUUAUGGGCCCCAUCCAAUAAAGUUGGGACAAAACACAGAUGCAAAUCCACAGCGUCUGAUUUAGGAAAUGAUUUUAGAUUGAAAAGGGCUUUUCAUGGGGUAAAAAGUGGGCCGAAAUGGUUUUACAUCACAAGUGCUUAAGAACAUGGAGGAAACACGAGAUGAUGCAGGGUCAUCCGAGAAAGGGCCUCCUAAUGCUGCAUGGUGGAAUUCGGAUUUUAUGGAGAAAUUUGGAUCCUUGUCGCUUGGUGCUCAAGAAGACUCCUUAAGCAACAAAGAAUCGCCUCGGAAUUCUGAGCAAGAGGGUUUGUCACCUCAGGCAGCUUCACAAAUUCUUUGGAGCACUGGGGUGCUUUCUGAACCAAUUCCGAAUGGCUUUUACUCUGUUAUUCCGGAGAAAAAGCUCAAAGAGCUAUUUGAUUGCAUUCCUAUACUGGAUGAACUUCAUGCUUUGGGGCCAGAAGGUUAUAGGGCUGAUCUCAUUUUAGUGGAUUCCAAAAAAGACAAAAAGCUAUUUAUGCUGAAGCAGCUGGCCUUGACUCUAGGCAAGGGGAUGAAUUCAAAUCCAGCUGCAAUGAUAAAAAAGAUUGCCGGAUUGGUUUCUGAUUUUUACAAAAGACCAAAUCCGGAGAGUCCCGCAAAAGCUGUAGUGGAGGAAUCCUCCCACAUUUUGGAUAAUCGAGGUGUCCAGAUGUUGGGACAAAUAAGACAUGGUUCUUGUCGUCCUCGGGCAAUUUUGUUUAAAGUUCUUGCCGAUACUGUAGGUCUAGAAAGCAGGCUCAUGGUGGGUUUACCAAGUGAUGGCAGUCUCCAGUUUGUAGACUCAUAUAAGCAUAUGUCUGCAAUAGUUGUCUUGAACGCUGUGGAACUAGUGGUUGAUCUGAUGAGAUAUCCUGGCCAGCUGAUUCCAUGUUCAACAAAGGCAAUAUUUAUGACCCACAUUGCUGCAGCAGGGGAGAGUGAUUCCGCAGAAAAUGACUCUUGUGAUUCACCUUUAGAACCAAACAGCCCACUCUAUGGAUAUUCUGAGAAAGUGGACCCCGAAAGUGCUGAGAAAGAUGAGAGUCUUCAGUUUCAAGGGAGAUUUGAAGGAUUUUCAAAUGUAUCUGGUCUAUCUCUCAGAAACAUGAUGUUUCGAUCUAAUACAACGAUUGAUAGGCAGUUCAGCUUAUCUCAUAGUGAACCUGAUAUUGCAACUAGAUUUUGGGGACGCAACCGGAGAAAAGUCGUUGCGGACCAGCGGAACUCUAGUCUGAGUCCAGAGCAUCCUUUAUUUCGAGCACGAGGACGUUCCAUGCUUAGUGGUGAUAGGAAGUCUCUCAGAGAUUACACAGAUGGUGCAUCUUCAUCAAGGUCUGAAGGUACAUCGACAUCAGAAGGACGUAGGGCGAGAAGACGUAGCAUCAGCAUUACUCCUGAGAUCGGUGAUGAUAUUGUCAGAGCUGUGCGUGCCAUGAAUGAGACGCUAAAGCAAAACCGCUUGUUGAGAGUGCAGGGUGGAGAUGGUCAAGAUCUUCAAAAACGAGACCAGAAUCUCAAUUCUGAUGCUCGUAAUGAGGUAUCUGGUGGAACGUCUCCAAUGUAUAAUCGGGAACAUUUAAGUUCUCCCAAGGCGAUGUCAUUGCCCUCAUCUCCACAUCAGUUUAGGAGUCAAAGUUCUACGCGAAUUGGAACUGUUGAUUAUCAGGAGAAUUCUGAAAUGGUCUCCACCUGGAACAAAGUCCUUGAAUCUCCAAUACUCAGUAACCAACCCCUGCUACCUUUCCAAGAAUGGAAUAUCGAUUUCUCAGAGUUGACCGUUGGGACUCGAGUUGGUAUUGGCUUCUUUGGAGAAGUAUUUCGCGGCGUAUGGAAUGGAACUGAUGUUGCAAUUAAGGUUCUCUUGGAGCAAGAUCUGACUGCUGAAAACAUGGAAGACUUCUGCAAUGAGAUAUCCAUACUUAGCCGCCUUCGACACCCCAAUGUUAUUCUAUUCUUGGGUGCAUGCACCAAGCCUCCUCGCUUAUCGUUGGUAACUGAAUACAUGGAAAUGGGAUCCUUGUAUUAUUUGAUUCAUUUGAGUGGUCAGAAAAAGAAGCUUAGUUGGAAAAGGCGGCUAAAAAUGUUGCGUGAUAUAUGCAGGGGGUUGAUGUGCAUACACCGGAUGAACAUAGUUCACCGUGACCUGAAAAGUGCAAACUGCCUCAUGAAUAAACACUGGACCGUCAAGAUCUGUGACUUCGGGCUCUCUCGGAUAAUGACCAAUUCACCCAUGAAGGAUUCUUCAUCAGCAGGAACUCCCGAGUGGAUGGCUCCUGAGCUCAUUCGGAAUGAACCCUUCACUCACAAAUGUGAUAUCUUUAGCCUUGGGGUGAUAAUGUGGGAGUUCUGCACCUUAAGCAGACCAUGGGACGGUGUACCCCCAGAAAAGGUGGUGUAUCUGGUAGCUAAUGAAGGGUCAAGAUUGGACAUUCCUGAAGGCCCAUUGGGAAGACUAAUUGCAGAUUGCUGGGCAGAACCGCAGGAACGUCCGAGCUGCGAGGAGAUACUAUCCCGAUUGCUCGACUGCGAGUAUUCCCUCUGCUAGUUAUAAAUGAAUCCCAUAAGUUGUUCAUAAAACACAGGAUAGAGAGUAUGUAUUGUUAUUUCCGGCUCAUAAAAACUGCAAACUGGGAUGUGCCUGCCUUUCAAUUGAUCAUAUUCAAAACGUGGAAGGAAAUUUUCGC